CAGAGACAUCAGUUGGAGCUCAAUUGUUGAUCUGAUCACAUCCGACGGACUUGCUGCAAAAGAGAAGCUGAGAUUUAAAGACGAGCGUUUCCCAUUCUCACUCUGUGCUGCUUGAGAGAGAGAAACUCUUUCACUUCUUGCUUUGGUGGGCUAUUUGCUUUUUGCCUCGUUUUGGCUUGCGACGUGGCGAAGGAGAUGUCUUUCCCCCAGCUGGGUUACCCGCAGUAUUUAAGUGCCUCCCAGGCGGUGUACGGAGGCGAUCGGCCGGGAGUGCUGACUCCGUCGUCCCGCGGAGGGAGCGUUGAGAUCGGGGGAAGCGCGUCGGCGGCCGCCGCUGCCGUGUCCUCGGUGCUGGGCAUGUACCCCUACGCACACAACUACAGCGCCUUUCUGCCUUACACCAGCGCCGAUCUGGCUCUUUUCUCCCAGAUGGGCUCUCAGUAUGAUUUAAAAGACAGCCCUGGCGUGCACCCCGCCAGCUUCGCUGCCCACACGAGCCCGGCCUUCUACCCUUACGGCCAGUUCCAGUACGGAGACCCAAACAGGCCUAAGAACGCCACGCGGGAGAGCACCAGCACUCUGAAGGCCUGGCUCAACGAGCACAGGAAAAACCCCUAUCCCACCAAAGGCGAGAAGAUCAUGCUGGCCAUCAUCACCAAGAUGACCCUCACGCAGGUGUCCACCUGGUUCGCCAACGCCAGAAGAAGACUCAAGAAGGAGAACAAGGUGACAUGGGGCAGGAGUAAAGAGGACGAAGAAUGCAACCUUUUUGGGAGCGACAACGAGGGGGACGCCGAGAAAAACGAAGAUGAGGAGGAAAUAGAUUUGGAGAGCAUAGACAUCGACAAGAUCGACGACAACGACGGGGAUCAAAGCAACGAGGAGGACGAGGAAAAGCGCGGGGAGCUCGAGGCCUUCGAGAAAUCAAAAUCCAACGCCAUUUCCGGCAGCAAAGAGCCGUCGGACGGAAACAACAACAACACCAGGGUUCUGUCGCCGGGUCGCCAGGGAGGUUUUCCAGUUCCGGUUAGCAAUAAGCCCAAAAUAUGGUCGUUGGCAGAAACCGCGACCAGUCCCGAUAGCUCGCAGAAACCUACGUCACCCUCGGUUCCCGCCACUCACCCGGCCUUCCUGCCGAGCCACGGACUGUACACGUGCCAGAUCGGGAAGUUCCACAACUGGACCAAUGGCGCGUUUCUGGGCCAGAACUCCCUGCUGAACGUGCGGUCGUUCCUGGGCGUCAAUCAGCAUCACCACAAUCACCCGCUUCACUCACAGCAGCAGCAGCAGCAGCCCUCGUCGGGGGUGUCAUCGAUGGCAGCCGAGAACAGUGAGAAUGCGCCAGAGGACCUGAGUCCAAAACACAUAGAUCGGGAAAGCGUCCUCAGAAAUGAAUCACCAACGCAACCUUUAAAGUCAUCCUUUGUCCUCUUCACGACAGAAACCGCGACCAGUCCCGAUAGCUCGCAGAAACCUACGUCACCCUCGGUUCCCGCCACUCACCCGGCCUUCCUGCCGAGCCACGGACUGUACACGUGCCAGAUCGGGAAGUUCCACAACUGGACCAAUGGCGCGUUUCUGGGCCAGAACUCCCUGCUGAACGUGCGGUCGUUCCUGGGCGUCAAUCAGCAUCACCACAAUCACCCGCUUCACUCACAGCAGCAGCAGCAGCAGCCCUCGUCGGGGGUGUCAUCGAUGGCAGCCGAGAACAGUGAGAAUGCGCCAGAAGACCUGAGUCCAAAACACAUAGGUAUGCGCGAAUCCCACCAGGCCUGUGUAUGCACAACACACGUGACCCACAUGGCCGCAAUGCCAUUUUGA